CAGUCCUCAGUACUUGUUGACCGAGUACCCACGAUCAAUUCAUGAGAUCUGAGUCGGGAACUGGAUCAACAUGGCUGUCCCCGGAAUGGCCACUCCAACAUCAAAAUCAAGCCCCCACUUCCUUCAUCUCCCCGCCGAGAUCCGCAACCUCAUCCUCCACUACGUCUUCUCCUCCGAUAACACCAACAACCAAGAAAACCGACAGCAACAACAACCUCUCCGAACCUGCGGCACCACCUCCUCCUUCCUCCUUAACGAAUCCUACACGGCCCAAUCCACCCUCUCCGUCCUUCUCGUCAGCAAACAAUUCCACCAUGACAGCCACCUCCUCGCCCUAAGCCGCACUCCCUUCCUGAUCACCACCCCGUUCUCCAGCAUCCCCGAGCGUCUGACCCGGCUCCCCUCCCGAUCGCUGUCAUCGCUGCGCUCGAUAACCUUCGUCGCCGACGCGCGGCAGUUCCGGGAGAUGCGCAAAUGGGGCGCACACCCCUUCGGGGUCGCAGCCCUGCGACUGGAGAGCCUGACGUGCGUCCUGCACCGCUCGAGCUGCUGGCACUACCUCUUCGAUUUCACGGCGGACCUGGUCGCCCUGCUGAGGGGGCUGCGCGGGGUGGACCGAUUCGCGUUCGUCCGCAACCACGCCCGUGUCAAGGGCGGCUUUCGCACCUGGUACCAUCGCUUCGUCGGCCUGCUGUUGAAGGUCGAUCAUCAGCAAAGAUUCCUCCUCCCCUGUGCUUCCCCCGCUCGUUCUCCCUCUUCUGAGGAGGAGGGGGGAGGGGGAGGAGAGGGAGGGGAACAGGGAGUGUCUUGUCCCGAGGAGAGUUGGUGGGAGUGGCGCUUUGCGGAGGUCGAGCAGAUGGUGGAAUUGAAGUGCUUGCCGCCUAAAGCUGUCGUCGAGGAGGAGACCUACAUGAGGAUGAUUUUGCCUCUGAUGGAGGCUUUGAGGGAUAGUGUGGAGCGGGGGGAAGGGAUGGUUGGGGAUGCGAGGGGAUGGGGUGAAAUUUGAUGGUGCCGCUUAUUUUGUCUCCUUCUUUUUAUAUUCCUAUUCUCUUGUUGUUUCUUCGGAGGGAGAUGCUGAAGACGGGAGCAUGACGGGUCUCCUUUUUCGCUGUGUGGAUGGGCUCAUCGGCUUUUGCUGUGCGAGGAAUCGCUUUAGCGAGUUCUUCCGUUUCGUGGAUGAUUUGAGUCUUGAUUGUUUUUGGAUCUUUGAGCUCCCUCCUAGGACGGAGUGUGAACAGUAGGCUUCCAAUGUGUCACUUGUCAUGAUUUUAGAUACACCACAGUAUGUCUACGGGGGUGUGCUUCUUAGGGCUUC